GCCGGAUGCUCAUCACGCUGUGCUACCUGUACCUGUGGGCGCGCUGGGGGCGCGGGCCGGCGGCGCAGGUGCGCUCCACGCUGUGGCGGCUGCGCUCCUCCCGCUGCUCCUUCACCUUCUGCGGCGCCGGCGCGCGGCCCCGGGGCUCCCGCGUGUGUCUGCGGCGCGGCGGCCGCGUCUUCUGCGUCGGCGACAGCCAGUGCGUGGACGACCUGAGCAGGUGGGCCCUGGCGCUGGCCUCGCCCUGCGUGCUGGACGCCGCUGAGCACAUCGCCUUCGUGACCGAGAGCAUCCGGGCUCAGGGAGAGCCCCCACAGCACCCCGCUUCCUCCUCGGGACCUGUGGUGCACUGGGCGGACUGCUGCCUGCCGCUGGCGCUCAGGCCCGGGGAGCCACACCAGAGCCUCGCCCGGGCCAGCGUGGAGGACUUCAGCAGGCUGGGCGCCGCCUUCAUGGAGGACAGGCUCUACAUGGCCGACGGGCUGGUGGCCCAGAGGAUUGUCUCCGUGCACCUGCAGGACUCCACUCUGAAGGAGCUGGCCGCCCGGUGCCCCCAGCAGCCCCCCGAGUCUCCUGGAGCCCCCCCGGGGCCGGACGCGAUGGCCCAGGCAGGCAGAGAGGGCCCCCAGCCGCCCGGCCUGGAGAGCGACUGCUGUCCCCUCCACCUGUCCAGCUGCCGCGAGUGCCUGCAGCUGGAGAGCAGCACCAUCGAGUCGGUGCGCUGCGCCUCGGAGGAGAACUUCGCGGAUCUUCGCAGCCAGGACGCCGCUGACGCCGCCGAGGGCAGCGAGGACCCCCGCCCCGCGCGGGGAGAGCAGCCCCCCGGCCUCAGGCCCAAGCCCCCCAACGUCCUCGUGUACGUGGGCCCCGCCUCCCAGGAGGCGGCGGGCAGGUGCGGACAGGUGCGCCGGGCCCUGGAGGACUGCGUGGGCGCCGAGCGCUACGCCGUGUAUCCCCUGAGCCCCGACAGCGCGCUGCGGGACCCCUGGCCGGACAACUGCGUCCUUCUCGUCCUCGCAGCCCGGGACCCGCUCCCCGAGCCGCUGCUGCGCCGGGUGCUGGACUUCCUGGCCGCUGGGGGCCGGGUGCUGGGCCUCUGUGCCGCCCUGGAGCUGGGCGGUUGGCAGCUGGCACCUGGGGCCCCUGGCCAAGUCCUCAGCCUGGCCGUGUCCCCCUCAGUGGCGGCCGGGCGUGGGCCCCUGCGCCUCAGCGCCCUGGGCAGCGGCCGGGUUUUCCGCCAGGAGCCAGGGCAGGAGGUGCGGCCUGGCCAGCUGGAGGGCUUCCUGGAAGGGGUUACCAGGGACCGGCUGAUCGUGCAGGUGCCUUACGGGUCGAGCGGCGGGCAGGCUGUGCUGUGUCAGGUCCACCUGGAGCUGCCCCCCGGCUCGGCAGACGUGCAGACACAGGAGGACUUGCAGCUACUCAGGGCCAGUGACGACAGCCGGGUCCAGGUCCUGCGGGAGAUCCUGGCGGCACUGGGCCUGAGCUGCCACAGGACGCGGGUGCCCAGCCUGACGCCACUCUACCUGCUGUGCGUGGAGGAGGACGGCCGGCCUCGGCUGAAGCAGUGGCUGCUGCAGCACGUGGACGCCGAAGGCUGCCUCAGGUCCGGCAAACUGGGCCUCAAGUUCGUCCCCUCCUGCACAGCGGGGCUGGAGGUCACCCCCUCCCUGAUGCCCGUGGUGACCGACGCGGAGACCUUCUCCUCGGAGCACUUCAGCCUCGGCGUCUACCGGGAGAACCUGCACACGCAGCACCUGGGCAAGACCGUCCUGUUUGCCGAGGUCACUCCCACCACCAUGAGUCUUCUGGAAGGGCUGAUGUUCCAGGCACCGAGGGACAUGGGGUUCAUUGCCAUCGCUGGCCGCCAGACUCAGGGCCGAGGCAGGGGCAGAAAUGCCUGGUUGAGCCCUGCGGGCUGCGCGCUCUUCACGCUGCUGGUGACCGUCCCCCUGAGGUCCCCGCUGGGUCAGAGGAUCCCCUUUGUGCAGCACCUGGCGUCCUUGGCUGUGGUAGAGGCGGUCAGGUCCCUGCCGCAGCACCAGGACAUCAACUUACGAGUCAAAUGGCCCAAUGACAUUUAUUACAGCGACCUGAUGAAGAUUGGCGGGGUUCUGGUGAACUCCACGCUGAUGGGAGAGACAUUCUAUAUACUUAUCGGCUGCGGCUUCAAUGUGACCAAUAGCAACCCCACCACCUGCAUCAACGAGCUGCUGGCGGAGCACAGCCGGCAGCACGGGGUCCCCCUGCCGCCCCAGCGGCCCGACGCGCUGGUGGGCCGGACAGUCACCGUGCUGGAGCGACUGAUCACCGCCUUCCAGGACCAGGGGCCCGACAGCGUGCUCCCUCUCUACUACAGAUACUGGGUGCACAGCGCCCAGAAGGUCCGGCUGGGAGGCGCCGAAGGCCCCGAAGUGUCAGUGGUCGGGCUGGACGACUCUGGCUUCCUGCAGGUGCUCCAGGAGGACGGAGAGGUGGUGUCGGUGCACCCGGACGGCAACUCCUUUGACAUGCUGAGGAACCUCUUGGUGCCCAAGCAGCGCUAGUGGUCGGGACGCCCCUCUGUCCAGGCUGAAAUGGGGGGAGGUUGAGGGUUUCCCCACACACAAACACACAUCCUGACACUGGAGCCUUGGAGUCACUUUCUCCUGGGUGGCCAUAUAGACCGGUCACCCCCAAAGAAUGAGAAUAAGGCAGCACCGGAGCUCCCUCCAGCGCUGCGACCAUGUCCUAGGCCAGGGGGGCUCGAACCUGGGGCCAGGCAGUCACAGCAAAGAAAGCUCCCCCCACCCCAGGUGAGCUAGCUACUGGCUCUCGCUGGCUUCCUUUUUCUUUCUUUCUUUAUUUGAGAGAGGAGAGACACCACGGCACUGUGUGGCCGGCCGCAGAGCUUCCUCUGGGGCCAAGGUGCUCUCUUGUGGUGUCAGGGCUCGGACCCGGGGUCCUCCGGCGUGAUAGAUAAGGCAUGCUCUCAAUUGGGCGAGCUGUCUCCUGGUCCCCUUCCUUUGCUUUUCUUUUGUCAGUGAAGGCAAGAGAUGGUGGUCUCCAUACCUUUCGUUGUUUGUGACCAGGGGUGGAGCCAGGAGCCCUGGGGGCGUGGGUGAUGCGGGGUGUGUGGGGGUCCUCCCUGCUGCCUCCCCAGGUCGCUCCCUGUAGAAUACCACCAGUUCAGAGCCUUAAAAGAGUGUGCUCAGACGCUGAUGCUCUCAGAACCUCAGAACAAAAGAAAGGAAGCCUUUUGAUGCACGCCCCCUCCCAGAUGGCCACCAUGCUUUUUCCUGCCCAGUGGACAGGCAGGGGGG